AUGAUGACGUGUUCAUUGCCGUAUCGUUCUGCUUCGUUUACGAUGUGCGGAAUUUUUGCAUACAUUAAUCAUCUGACGCCGAAGAGCCGAAGAGAAAUAUUGGAAUUACUUGUUAAUGGAUUGAAACGUUUAGAGUACCGUGGCUAUGACUCUGCUGGCGUUGCUAUCGACGCCGCCGACCAAAAGGAUAUUGCGGUUCUUAAAAGAAGUGGCAAGGUAGCCGCCCUUGAAGAAUUGCUUCAAGAACAAAGUGGCCAACUAGCUGUUGAAGAAUGCAUGGAUUCCCAUUGUGGCAUUGCUCACACCCGUUGGGCGACUCACGGUGAGCCAAGUGCAGUUAAUUCACAUCCCCAACGUUCUGGUGAUGACAAUUCUUUUGUUGUUAUUCAUAAUGGAAUCAUUACCAACUACAAAGAAGUGAAAACAUUCCUGGAAAAUAAAGGAUAUACCUUUGAAUCCCAGACCGAUACUGAAGCUAUUGCUAAGCUGGUGCAUCACAUUUACAGCCAGCACAAGGAUUACAAUUUCCAAGAAUUAGUUGAGCAGGUAAUUCAGCAACUUGAAGGUGCAUUUGCCCUCUGUUUCAAAUCUCGGUACUUCCCAAAUGAGUGUGUGGCAACAAGACGAGGAAGUCCUUUGCUUGUGGGAAUUAAAACCAAGCGUCGUCUGUCUAGUGAUCAUGUACCUAUUAUGUACACUAACAACAAAGCGACAAGAGGAGUAGUGCCAACUGUGCCUCGUGUAAACAGUCAUGCUCAAUUUGAACCUGAAGAAGAGAGAGAUGUUGAGUAUUUCUUUGCCUCUGACGCAUCAGCAGUCAUUGAACACACAAACAGAGUGCUUUAUUUUGAAGAUGACGAUGUUGCUCACAUCAAGGACGGAGUUCUCAGCAUCCACCGCAUGUCCGGUAGCAGCACUGAUCCUCACCAGAGAGAAAUUCUGACACUCAAGCUUGAGUUGCAGCAAAUUAUGAAAGGUAACUAUGACUAUUUCAUGCAGAAAGAAAUUUUUGAACAGUCUGAAUCUAUUGUAAACACAAUGAGAGGUCGUCUCAACUUUGCCAAUGGUACUGUAACUCUUGGAGGCAUUAAAGAUUACAUUCCUGAAAUAAAGCGCUGCAGAAGAUUGAUGUUGAUUGGAUGUGGUACCAGUUACCACAGUGCUGUAGCGACUCGUCAGUUGUUAGAAGAGCUCACUGAGCUUCCUGUCAUGGUAGAGCUUGCAUCCGAUUUCCUUGAUAGAAAUACUCCUGUUUUCCGUGAUGACGUCUGCUUCUUCAUCUCACAAUCCGGAGAAACUGCUGACACAUUGAUGGCGCUGCGUUACUGCAAACGUCACGGAGCUCUUAUAGUUGGUAUAACCAACACCGUAGGAAGUUCCAUUUGUCGUGAAUCACACUGCGGUGUUCACAUCAACGCCGGUCCAGAAAUCGGAGUUGCUUCCACUAAAGCUUACACGUCACAAUUUGUGUCUCUUGUUAUGUUCGCGCUAGUAAUUAGUGAAGAUCGCAUUUCUCUGCUUAAACGCCGAGCAGACAUAAUUCAAGGACUUCACGAAUUGGAUUCGAAAAUUCGUCAAGUACUGGCCUUGGACGAUAAAGUAAAAGCUUUAGCACAAGAUUUAUACCGCCAGCGUUCACUGUUGAUUAUGGGUCGUGGUUAUAAUUUCGCCACCUGUUUAGAAGGAGCCUUAAAAGUAAAGGAGUUGACGUACAUGCACAGCGAAGGUAUUAUGGCUGGUGAAUUGAAACAUGGCCCUCUAGCUCUUAUCGAUGAUUCUAUGCCUGUUAUGAUGAUCGUAAUGCGGGAUCCAGUUUACACCAAGUGUAUGAACGCCUUACAACAGGUUACCGCUCGUCAAGGACGGCCCAUAGUCGUCUGCGAAGAAGGUGACACCGAGACUAUGGCUCUCGCCUCCCGUGUGCUGGAAGUUCCUAAGACAGUAGAUUGCCUACAAGGAGUAUUGACAGUAAUUCCUAUGCAGUUGUUAGCAUAUCAUAUAGCUGUACUUCGUGACUGUAAUGUCGAUUGUCCUAGGAAUCUCGCGAAAUCAGUUACUGUCGAAUAA